UUCGAAGUCCUUCCAUGCCGGCAGCGACAGUGGGAAAGGCUGCUCCUCCCGCUGGCACAGUAUCGGAGCAGUUCUAUCAAAUCGAUCGCUGCUUUAGAGACGAGGCGUAUCAAGAGGCUAGCAGGACUGCUAAACAGAUAUUGAGCAAACAACCUGAGAAUACGCAGGCUAUGAUGUGUUACUUGUAUAGCCAGAUUCAGUUGUCGCAGUGGAAGAAUUGCCUCAACUUUAUGGAUUCGAAGACCGCCAUGGCUCUAGAUAAGUGUUCAUCGGAGGAUCGAGCUACGCUAAGUUACUAUCGAGCCUACUGCCUUUAUCGCCUCAAUAGAGAGGGGGAGUGCUUGGAGGAGAUAUCGAGAAAUGGUGACAGCAAUUCCGAGAAGUGGCAGGUGUUGGAAGCUCAGUGUCGCUAUCGACUUCAUCAAUACUCGAAAACUACAGGGCUUUACCAGAAACUACUCGCGGAAGCUGAAAAUGAAUCCAAUGGGGUAGAUUCUGAAUCCGCUUUGUUACUAUCGAUAAAUCUACUGGCAAGUUGUGUGUCUGGGGGCAGCACUGACGACUUGGAUAGGAUGAUGAAGGAUCUAGGCGAGCCUGAGGAUGCCUAUGAGUUGGCUUACAAUCUGGCAUGUGCUUAUCUUCUCAAGAAGGACUAUGUGAAGGCCGAGGACAUGCUCGUCUUGGCCUCGUCCCUCUGCAAGGGCGAGCUUGAUAUCGAUACGGACUCGGACCCUGAGCUCAACUGGAUCAAAGCUCAACUUGGUUACCUUCGUCAACUACAGGGGCGGACCGGUGAGGCUGCAGAAAUAUACGAGAAAAUAAUGCGACCUGUAAUAGGAGGCAUGAAGAACGAUAUCUCGGUUAUGGCAACUGCAUGCAACAAUCUUGUGACCUUAAGACCGAAGGGCAGUUCACUCUUCGACGCUCUCAAGAGGGUUCGACUCGCCAGUAAAGCUGAGUCCCUCGAGAGCAAGCUGACGGCCAGUCAGUUGAAGACCUUGGGUCUCAACAAGAGCAUCGCUUUAUCGUCCCGAUCGAAGAUUUCCGAAGCUCGAGGAGUACUAUCACAGCUAGAGGCGCAGCUAGGGGAUAGUUUCGCUCGCAGCGGCACCGCGGCUGUGUGCAGGGCUGUUAUACAGUAUGCUAGCGGAGUGAAGGAGGAGGCGGUCGACACUUUGAAGUCCUGGCUGGCCUCGAACAGCUCUUCAGGGGAUUCCACAUUUGUGCGUUUGUCUUUGGCUGGUCUCCUCGCUGAAUCACCAACGACUAGGUCAGAGGCUGCCAAGUUGCUGAGUGCCCUCGGUCCCGAGAUUAGUAUGGGAAGGCCAGAAGCAGUAAGGCAGAGGUUCGGUGCUCACAGUGGGGAUACGGCCGAGGACCGCGCUGCGUUGAGGAAUGAGAUCACUGAAGUGCUGAACUUUUGGCAGAAACGUUCGUCGGGAGAUGCAGCUGCGGUUUUGAGGUAUGUUGCUGAUGUUGCCACUCGUAACAAGUUCUACGAGGAAGCUGUACGGACGUGGGAACUGUAUGGCAGCAAAGUUGGAGAUACCGGGGCGGUCGAGGCGGUCCAAGGACUGGGGUUUCAGGUAGCAGCUAUCUCACGUGUGGAUGCCCCGAGCUCAGAGAGUUUGAGUAAUGCUUCUAUGCUGGUGGAGCGACUGGUGCAAAGAUCAUCUGAAGCAGAAGCAAUAGAGGAUGCUAUAGAUGAUGUGGACCCUGAGGAGUUGGAGGGCAUGGACGUUAGCAUGGGGAGCUGGAAGGUGGCAGCUACAGCUCCUACAGCAGCAGUCGAGGGAGAGAAUGUCGAGGUUAAGAAGCGACACCGUAAGCGGAAGCCUCGCUACCCUAAGGGCUUCGAUCCGGAGAACCCGUCAGCAUUCAAGAAACCAGACCCUGAGAGGUGGUUACCGAAACAUGAACGUUCUGACUACCGUAGGAAGAUGAAGAAGAAGCAAAUGCAGUUGAUGCGUGGUCCUCAGGGUGUGGUCCCUACUGAAGGUGAGCAUGUGAAGACCGGCCCGAGCACGGCCCAGCUGGAGGCGUCUACAGAGAGGCAGACCCAACAUCAGAAGAGACGGAAGAACCAACGCAAGCGCAAGUGA